UCUCACUCUAAUGUGUGAUCUGGAAAGCUUAUAAAAGCCUGAUGUAAUCCUUAAUGCAGCCCCUGGCUACAAAGACUGGAUCUAGUUUCACAGAGAGAGAUUCGGAAGCAGAAUUAAAAAAAAAAAAAAAAGAAAAAAGUGGGGGGAGAAGAGAGAGAAAGAAAGAAAAGCAGACGAGUGGAUUUUAAACGAACAUAUCUUUCUGGAGAAGACCAUUCUCCCUCUUCGCUGCUGGGAAAGCUCCUCUGAACCCUGCUAUAUAUCUAUUUUUUUAAAGAAGAAGACUUGAUUGUCUGAUUGGAUCUAAUGAUUUAUUGGCUUUCAACUGCAUUUUUCCCCUCUCCGAAGGAUUCCUCCAAAAAAGGCUUAAUUAUUUUCAGCUUUUCUCUUCCACCUGCCUGUCUGCAGAGACACCAAAGGUUCUCCUUUCCUCUCCCUCCCCACCCCCAUUUGUUUUAGGAUUUUUUUGCCCCCCGGAUCGUUUAAUAUAUACACAUAUAUCUAUAUACACAUAUACGUAUAUAUAAGUGUGUGCGUGUGUAUAUAUAUAUAUAUGUAAGAGUGGAAGGAGCGGGGGAGAGGAGAGCGAGCGCUGCCACCCUUUUGGACUUCACGCGCUGCCCAAUGUUGGUCUGGUUCCCCCUGGAUAUGUUGCUGGUUUCCAUUUGGAAUUUGGCAAAGGGAAGACGGAGGAUAUAAACCCCGGGGAGCUCUGCAAGGUGUUGUUUAUGGCCACAGGAGGGAGCUCAAAUCCAGACAUGGGAGGAUUGGAUUGAUUUCGGAUCCAGAGCCUCUUAAACUCUCACUUUUCCGCUAAGCUGGUCCCUGUUAUGUCCAGGAUCUGGCACCUGCUUGACAUUUACUUUGAGUUCCAGAGGACCAGAGACCUAGGAUGAGGAGCAUUGGAUCUACCCUGAACCUGCUUUUGGUAUCGCCACUCUACUUUGUGUGGACCGUGGUCGCUCUGGACCUGGCACAAGCUCCCUGCACCACUUUGGUCCAGGGGAAAUUCUUUGGGUAUUUCUCCUCCUUCGCUGUCUUCCCGUUGAACUCCUCUCUCUGCUCUUGGAUUAUCCAGAACCCUGACCCUCGGAGGUACACAUUGUACAUGAAGAUCCUGAAACCUACCAGCGUAUGUGACCACCAGCACAUCCGCACCUACCAGUUCGACUCCUUCCUGGAGUCCACCCGCACCUACCUGGGCAUGGAGAGCUUCGAUGAUGUGUUGAAGCUCUGUGACGGGUCCACCCGCUAUGCCUUCCUCCAGUCCAACAAGCAGUUCCUCCAGAUGAAACAGACCACGCCGCCAGGGGUGGAGAAUGUGCCUGUGCGAUGGAAGCCCACGAAGGCUCAGGAGAGGGACUUCUCAGUGGAGUACCUCGUGGUGGGCAACAGGAACCCUAGCAAAGCUGCUUGCCAGAUGCUCUGCAAGUGGCUGGAUGCGUGCUUGGCCAUCAGCAGCAGCUCCCACCCUUGUGGCAUUAUGCAGACUCCGUGUUCUUGCUCAGGAGGUGAGGUCCUAGAUCAGGCCAGCGAGAUCCUGGGGUUCACAAAGAAGAAGGAAGAUUGCUAUAAGGAUGGGAUUUACUUGGAGAACUGCAUGAGCAGUCCAAAGGACAGCAGCGGAGUGGAGUCCCUAGGUGGCUGGAAACCUUGGUCGGCUUGGGGCGACUGCACCAAGGACUGCGGGGGAGGCCUGCAGACCCGCAUGCGCACCUGCAAGCCCCUUCCCAACGAAGGCCUCGCCUGCGAGGGAGUCCUGGAGGAAGGAAGACUGUGCAAUAGGAAAGCGUGCAAUACCAAUGGACGCUAUAAUUCCAGAAGCCAAUCGCUGAGGUCCACAGAUAACAGAAAGCGAGAGGACACUGACGAACUGCAGCACUACGGGUACCCUGCACCUCAAAUAGGUGAUCCCGCAGCAGAGGAGUGGUCCCCAUGGAGUGUGUGUUCAACGACCUGCGGGGAGGGCUGGCAGACCAGGACGAGGUUCUGCGUAUCGUCUUCCUACAGCACUCAGUGCAGCGGCCCUCUACGAGAGCAGAGACAGUGCAACAACUCUGCCGUGUGCCCAGUGCAUGGCACCUGGGACGAGUGGUCUCCAUGGAGCCUGUGCUCUUCCACAUGCGGGAGAGGAUACAGGGAUCGGACCCGCACCUGCAAGCCUCCUCAGUUUGGUGGGAACCCCUGCGAGGGCCCAGAAAAACAAACCAAGUUCUGCAACAUUGCACUUUGCCCAGUGGACGGCAACUGGAAUGAGUGGUCGAGCUGGAGCUCGUGCUCUGCCUCCUGCUCCAACGGCACCCAGCAGCGGACGAGGGAGUGCAACGGACCCUCCUACGGUGGAGCAGAGUGCCAAGGACACUGGGUGGAGACCAGGGACUGUUUCCUACGGCAAUGCCCAGUGGAUGGGAAAUGGCAGGCCUGGGGAGUGUGGGGAAGCUGCACCGCCACGUGUGGAGGUGGGACUCAGAGACGUGACCGUGUGUGCUAUGGGCCCUUCUUUGGUGGACAGACUUGCCAGGGGCCCAAGGAGGAGUAUAAACAGUGCAAUGACAAGAAGUGUCCUGAGCCCCAUGAAAUCUGUGAUGAGGAAAACUUUGCCUCUGUGGCGUGGAAAGAGACGCCUGCUGGGGAUGCUGCGGCUGUCCGGUGCCCUCGCAAUGCCACGGGGCUGAUCCUUCGAAGAUGCACUUUAGAUGAAGAAGGGAUAGCUUACUGGGAGCCUCCAACAUACAUCAAGUGUGUUUCUAUUGAUUACAGGAACAUACAGAUGAUGACCAGGGAACAUCUUUCCAAAGCUCAGCGUGGGUUGAUGGGAGAUGGGCUGUCGGAUGUUCUCCAGAACCUUGUGGAAAUCUCCCAGGAUGGGACCAGCUACAGUGGGGACUUGCUGUCCACCAUCGACGUACUCAGGAAUAUGACAGAGAUCUUCCGUAGGGCUUAUUACAGCCCAACUUCUGGGGAUGUGCAGAACUUUGUCCAGAUCAUCAGCAACCUGUUAUCAGAGGAAAACCGGGACAAAUGGGAGGAAGCUCAGCUGACAGGGCCAAAUGCCAAGGAGUUGUUCAGGCUCGUGGAGGAUUUCAUUGAUGUCAUUGGCUUUCGCAUGAAAGAUUUCCGGGAUUCCUACCAAGUGACGGACAAUCUGGUCCUCAGCAUUCACAAACUGCCUGCUCAAGCAGCAACUGACAUCACCUUCCCCAUAAAAGGCUGGAGGGGCAUGGUGGACUGGGCCAAGAACUCAGAGGACAAGGUCACCGUGUCCAAGAGCAUCCUCUCUUCAGGGCUGGCAGUGACAGACGAUUCCUCCGUCUUCGUGGUGGGGACUGUACUGUACCGCAACGUGGGCAGCAUCCUCUCCCUCCAGAGGAACAGCACUGUUCUGAACUCCAAAGUCAUCUCCGUGACUGUGAAGCCAUUUCCCCGGUCUCUCCUCACCCCCUUGGAAAUCGAAUUCUCCCAUCUGUACAAUGGAACCACCAACCAGACCUGCAUCCUGUGGGACGGAGCUGACAGAUCCUCCGCCUCCUCCUCCCAGCUUGGUGCCUGGUCCUGGCGCGGCUGCCGAACAGUCCCAGUCGACUCCUUCCGAACUAAAUGCCUCUGUGACAGACUCUCCACCUUCGCCAUCUUAGCCCAGCUCAGUUCAGACAUGAACAUGGAAAAGGUGCUGGUCCCUUCUGUCACGUUAAUUGUAGGCUGUGGAGUAUCUUCGCUGACACUUUUGCUGUUGAUUAUCAUUUAUGUCUCUGUUUGGAGGUAUAUUCGCUCAGAGCGCUCUGUCAUUCUUAUCAACUUCUGCCUGUCCAUCAUUUCCUCCAACGCUCUCAUUCUGAUUGGACAAACCCAGACCCGGAAUAAGGUGAUAUGCACGCUGGUGGCAGCUUUCUUGCACUUCUUCUUCCUCUCCUCUUUCUGCUGGGUGCUGACAGAGGCCUGGCAGUCCUACAUGGCAGUGACGGGCAGGUUACGGAACCGCAUCAUCCGCAAGCGUUUCUUGUGUCUCGGAUGGGGGCUCCCUGCCUUGGUGGUUGCCAUUUCCGUGGGAUUUACUAAAGCCAAGGGGUACGGCACCGUGAACUACUGCUGGUUGUCGUUAGAGGGAGGUCUUCUCUACGCCUUCGUGGGACCUGCAGCUGCUGUUGUUUUGGUGAACAUGGUUAUUGGCAUUCUGGUUUUUAACAAACUUGUAUCCAAAGAUGGAAUAACAGAUAAGAAACUGAAGGAACGGGCAGGUCAGAUGGCAGUGCCCCUUUACGGCAUGACGCUCAAAUGUUCCAAGUGUGGAGUAGUUUCUUCUGCAGAAGUUUCGGCCACAGCCACCAGUAACGCCAUGGCAUCCCUUUGGAGCUCAUGCGUGGUCCUGCCUCUCCUGGCUCUGACCUGGAUGUCUGCAGUUCUGGCAAUCACAGAUCGGCGGUCAGCGCUCUUCCAGAUCCUUUUCGCUGUCUUUGACUCACUGGAGGGCUUCGUCAUCGUGAUGGUCCAUUGCAUCCUAAGGCGGGAGGUCCAGGAUGCUGUAAAGUGCCGAGUAGUGGAUCGUCAAGAAGAGGGCAAUGGAGACUCUGGGGGGUCAUUUCAGAAUGGACAUGCUCAGCUAAUGACCGAUUUUGAGAAGGAUGUGGAUAUGGCUUGUAGAUCAGGUGAGCACAUCACAGUGCUGAAUAAAGACAUCACCGCCUGCAGGACCUCAACCAUCACAGGAACACUGAAGCGCCCAUCACUGCAGGAUGAAGAGAAAUUGAAGCUCAAUCACCAGAAGGGGUCAUCAAACUUUAACAGUCUUCCAGCCAAUGUCUCCAAGAUGCAUCUUCAGGGCUCACCUCACUACCUGGGGGCCAUCAACCUGAAUGAAUUCAGCAAUCACACACUGACCUUGAAGAAGGACAAGAACCAGCCACCCAAGUCUAUCUACAUCUGUGAUGGGGACAUCUUCAAGAAGCUGGACUCAGAACUCUCCCGGGCGCAAGAGCAAACACUGGACACCAGCUACGUAAUUCUGCCUACCAACACAUCUACUUUACGGGCCAAACCACCCAAGGAUGAGAGCAAAUAUAGCAUCAAUAUUGACCAGAUGCCCCAGACACGGCUCAUCCACCUCAGUAUGGCAACUGACCCAGGCUUUGUUGUCAAGAGUCCCCCGCGGGAGCCCGUAACCCUGACAUGCAGUGAGGUGCAAGGUUCACCCAUGAUACAACAGCAGCAGCAGCUGCCUCCACAGAACAUCUCCAACGAGACACAGAUUCCCAACAGCCUGUGUGACACAGGCGACUCAGGGAACUCGGGUGUGGUGUCCAAGAGUGAGACCGUCUCCACCCUCUCCAUGAGCUCCUUGGAGAGGCGGAAAUCUCGGUAUGCAGAGCUAGAUUUUGAGAAAAUCAUGCACACAAGAAAACGUCACCAGGACAUGUUCCAAGACCUGAACAGAAAACUGCAGCACGCAGAGAAGGAGAAGGAGUCUCCAACAACGGACAGCAAGCAAGAGAAACAGCAGACACCAAACAAGAGACCCUGGGAAGGAAUCAGGAAAGUCCAGUCCCCACCGUCAUGGGUUAAAAAGGACAUGGAACCUGUGGCACAGUCUCCCUUAGAACUUAAAACUGUAGAGUGGGAGAAAACAGGGGCCACCAUCCCUUUGGUGGGACAAGACAUUAUUGACCUUCAGACGGAGGUCUGAGCGGAAAAGAGAGAAAGGGACUUUUUUUUCCGGAAAACAAGCAAACAAACAAACAAACACAAAUUUAAAAAAAAAUGAUUAAAUUAAAUCGAAACCGAGUGAGAGAAGUGUUUGGUUUCUUUUGAAACCUUUGGUAAAACGCAGUAACUUUUGUAUCGUUCUCAGCAAAGAGGGGGAAUAUUACUUUAUAGAAUAUAGUAGCUGUAGGUUCAGACCAACACGAUCUUUCCCAGGUAGGACUGGAGAGGGAGUGAGCCUGGAAAAGAGCAAGGAGGAGGCAGAGGGCGGGGAGGGCUGCCGGGAAUCGCCCCGUGGAGAGGCCGUGGUGGCCCGCAACGGAGGGCGCUGGCACGAGGAGCCCCGCUCUGCAGCGGGGAGGUGCGGCACGGCGGCCGGUGGGACCGCGUGGCAGAAUGGCCGUGAAGAUAGGUUUUCACUGCGAGGAGAAAAUGGAGGUGAACCCAGCAGGAGCUUCACCAGGACGCUCUCCAGCCGUAGGUCCCGGGCGAAACGCAUCCUUGCCCGAUCCAGGACGUCCCUUGCACAGCACGGGCUCAAGAGCGCAAGCCGAUCUUCGCCCCUGCCGCAGCCACGAAGACGGGAACAGGGACGGGCCAAGCCGCUGGGCACCAUGGCCGAGAAGCAUCCUCCGCGCCGCCCAACACGGGACGUCCUGGCACCACCGUGCAGGCCAGCUCGCGGGGCACCGUGGGGACACGACGGUGACAGACAUGGCCCGUCCAAGAGGUAAGGUGGGGCUUCUCCCCCUCGUCGCUCCGCAGCGGGUGUCCCGCGCGCCCCGGGGCGCACGCAGGAGGACGGGACACCUCUAACACCUGCUCGCGCCGUCUCCAGGGAGAGGGUCGAAGGCAUCACAGAAAAAAGACCAACAACAAGAAUGUAGGUCAUUUCAUUGACUGUUAAAUAGAUAAACUCAGCAUGGGCCUUGGCAAAGGUCCAUUUGGCCGCAUCCUUUUUUUCUGUUAUUUUUCCUUGCUUUCGGACUCAAACUUAUUCCAAGCUGCCCCUCCCUGGAAGCCAGAGAGAAAGAGGGAAAGACACAUCCGCUUAUGUACCUGGAGAUAUUUGGUAUACAGAGAAUAUUGCCUUAGGACAUUGAGACAAACUGACAACAUGAAUAACGUCCACUUGGAAACAAAACAAACAAAAAAUAAUCUAUUUUUUUCCUUCUUUUCUUUUCUUCAAUAAAAAGAGAACUUGAAACCCGA